UUUAAAUAAUAAAUUGUAGCAACAUUCAAUUAAAAAAUAUUUAAAAAUGGUUGUGACUUGUGAAAUUGAGUUUGAUAAUAGUCCUUAUGGCACAUAUUUUGCCGGGCAAAUGCUCACUGGAAAAAUUACACUUAAAUCGGAAAAGAUGAAGCAAGUCAAAGCUGUCGCUUUAAAAAUAAAUGGUUUUGCGCACACUUGUUGGUCAGAGAGAAGAGGUGCUGGAAAAAGAAGAAGAGUUACUCAUUACAGUGGACAUGAGGAUUAUAUAGCCUCAGUAACUUAUCUAGUGGGUUCCGAUCAAAGUCAGUCUGUAUAUAUUGAGCCUGGUAUCCAUACUUAUAAUUUUUCCUGUCAUAUACCAGCCGCUUGCCCGUCGUCAUUUGAAGGAGUUGAAGGUCAUGUUAGAUAUACGAUAAGAGUUGUACUAAUGCGUCCUUGGAAGUUUGAUCAAACAUAUACAAGAGGCUUUACAGUAUUGAAAGUAAUGGAUCUGAAUUAUAAUAGUCCACUUCUAAGGAUGCCAGCCGAUACCGCAGUACAGAAGACCUAUUGGUGUGGACCAUGCAAAUCGGAUCCAUUGAAGGUGCAUAUAACGCUCGCACAAACAGGUUACGUUCCUGGUCAAGCGAUACCGGUUAGUGUGUUGGUUGCGAAUGAAAGCAAUGUGCCGGUGGAUGAGUUAAAAAUCGCAUUAGUCAUGCUUGUUUGCUACUACAGUCAAAGCCCCUACACACAUGCAAAAACGUCACGCACGACUGUAACGAAAAUCAAAGGCGAGUCCGUGCCACGGAACUGUAAUAAACAAUUCACUUAUCAUUUGCAUGUACCAGCAACGCCGCCAACAUGCUUCAAUCUAUGCCGUUUAAUACAAAUUGCCUACGAAGUCAUGGUCGAGGCCAAAGUAGUUGGUUACCAUGCAAAUCAGGUAAUAAGUACGCCAGUGACUAUUGGUAAUGUUCCACUUAUGAGUGUGGUGGCACAGCAACCAACUUCCAGCUCAGCAAUGAUGGCACGUACUUUUUCCGAGAGUGCAGCUGCUCUUAAUGCUGGCGAUAUACAAAAUGCAGAUACUUAUGCAAAUAAGAAUGCAAAUGAAGCAGAAGCUGGUGCGGCAGAUUCAGCAGAAGUAAAUGGUUCGGUGGUAAAUGAUGCACAUACUGUAGCAACUCCUUGGGCAACAAAUGCUAAUAUUGGUCCACCAUCCUACGAGGAAGCUACACACAUGCAACAUGCAAAAAUUAAUGCAGAUGUCGAGCACGAUUAUGGACAGAGUGACUUUGCGCCCAGAUAUCCUGUCUUCAAUAUACCGAGUCCCACAGCACCGGCAGCAGAUGACGUAGCAAUGGUCAAUCAAAGUGAUGGCAAGGGCACUUGGUUAUAGUUUUAUUAAAUUUUUCUUGAUGUCAUAUUUGAACGGAUUUGAUAAUUUUGUUGUUGCAGAAAUUAUUGUUAAACAAUUUAUUGUUGAUAUUUUAUUAUUUAUGAACGAAUUGUUGAUUUUGUUUUUACUUUUUUGUUUUUGCCACAAGUUGUGUAUUUCUAAACACACUUGUACGCCGUC